GUCAGUUCUCUGUGGAUGUCAAAAAUUACAUAACCAUACAUUUAUUCUAAGGGUCGCUAAUAUUAAGGCGAUUUUUUAUUGAAAAUCGCAGAAAAUGGCGUCGAAAAGAAUUGGAAAAAGUGCCAUUAACUGGACUGCUUUGAGUGAAAGAGUUCCUGAGCACCAGAGAGCUCAGUAUCUGGCAUUUAAGUCGAAAUCGGAUGGAUACCUGAGACGUGUACUUGCUAACCCCGAACAAGCUCCCCCAAUUGAUUGGGCCUUUUACAAGCAGAAAGUGCCCGUAGCUGGAAUGGUCGAUGAUUUCCAAAAGCAGUACAGUGCGUUGUCAAUUCCUUAUCCAGCAGACACUGUAAGCUCUCAAAUCGAUGCCCAGGAGAGAGAAAUUAAGAGCGACAUUCAGAAAUUCAAAACUGAAUCCGAUGCACGCAUUGCCGAAUACAAGAAACAAUUGGCUCAUAUAGCCGGGUUGAUUCCAUACGAUCAAAUGACUAUGGAAGAUUAUCGUGACGCUUAUCCAGAAGAUGCUCUUGACCCCAUCAACAGACCCACUUUCUGGCCCCACACUCCUGAAGAGCAGAUUGAUUACGUCCAUAAGGAUGCUCAGGAAUCGAGCCAUUAAUCGUGCAGUUUUGCAAUAGGUCGUAAAAAGUAUAUAGCAGUCUACAACCGAGUUUAUAUAUUAGUGAUUAUAUCUUGAUGUUAUUUCCAAUAAAUGAAUUUACAUUGUCAUGUAGUGGCGUUCCUUUUGUCAAAUAAAGAAACUGAAUUUUA